AUGGCCGAGUGCGGGAGCUACAAAGCCACCAAUGCUCUGACUCCGGCAGCUUUGUCCCCUCCGUGUCCCCAGCAGGAAGGGCAGCUCUGCCUCCUGCCCAUGCCACCCAUCCCCACCGGCCCUGCGCCCGUUCCCACCCAGGGACGUUGGAAGUCCCAAGAGGAAUGGUCAUAUAAGGGACGUGCCAUUAUUGCAAAUUUCGGCUUAUGCUUUCUCCAAAAGACCAAGAAUCCCAAGGAGGUCACUCCGCGAAACCAAGCCCUCCGCGGAGCCGUCGCCUUUGAGCAAUCUCCAAAAGGGAGACCACCCGCCAGCAGUCAGCAGCCCUUCCAGGAUGCUCUGGGUCCUGGGCGCCGAGAGGAGGUCGCGGGCGGCGGCCGUCUGGCCCGUGGACGAGGAGGUGUCCAGCGACUCCGAGCCGGAGAGGUACGAGCCGCGCCGCGGGGGGAAGCCGGUGCCGGUGCCGGUGCUCACGCCUGUCCCCGCAGCCCGUCGUUGGGACGGCGGUGGCGGCGGGAGGUGGCGGUAGAGGAGGAGGUGGAGGAGACGCCGCAGGAGAAGAAGCUGCGCCUGGCCAAGCUGUACCUGGAGGAGCUCCGCCGGCACGAGGAGGAGCGGGCGGCGGCAGAGGAGGAGGAGGAGGAGACGCAUCCGGCGGAUCUCAUCGGCGACCGGCUGAAGGAGGACGUGCUGGAGCAGAAGGGUCGGCUGCAGCGCCUGGUCGCCAAAGACGUGCAGCCUCCAGAUCCAGCCAGCAUUCGAGUGCUGCGGGGGCACCAGCUGCCCGUCACCUGCCUGGUCAUCUCUCCAGAUGACAGGUUCAUCUUUUCGGCCUCCAAGGACGGCUCCCUCAUCAAAUGCAAGUGUUCCCUUGGGGCUGCGACUGGCUGUUCCCCCAGCCUGAACCCUGCAGGGAGGGACCCUGCAGCAGCAGGAGCGUGGGUGCCUGUGGAGGUGGCUGGGCCCCUGCCCCUUCCGGGGAUGUGCACGUGCAUCGUUUUGGGCUCUGUGGGAGGCUCGUUGGCGCUUUCCAAUAUGUUGGGAGGUUCCCAGGGUGUGAUGGCGAUGCCUUUCCCGUAG